AAUUUUGGGCGCUGAAUAAUUAAUGCGACGGUUAAUAAUGUGUUUUGACAUUUAGCUCGCACACACAAGAACUCAUCUUUUAUUGAACGCCAAAGAAAAAAAAGUCAUAGUUUUUUUUUGGGGUUGUGUGUGUCUUUUGGUGGAGGAAUGCUUGUCACCUACUCCUUUAAAGUUCUCCCAAAAACACUUUUGUGAGUGAGUGAGUGAGAGAAAGAAGAGAAGGAGUUGAAGUGGUUGUUGUAUUGUAGUAGUGUGUAAAGUCUUGGUGAUGGAUAGACACAAAUGCAAGCUUUGUUCAAGGUCUUUCAGCAAUGGCAGAGCCCUUGGUGGGCACAUGAAGGCUCACCUUGCUUCUCUCCCUCUCCCUCUCCCUCCAAAGCUUCACUCUUGUUUCUCUUCCUCUGACUCAGAACAAGAACAAUCUUUAAGGGAGAAUCCUAAGAAAACCUUGAGGAUUCUGGAUCCUGAAGACAGAGAGAGCGAGACAGAGUCUAAUAAGAACCCGACUCGUCAACGAUCCAAGCGCAACUGGAAAUCUACCAUGCCCAAGCUCAGCCUCGGACACCCCGAAGCCGAACCUCUCAGCUCCGUCUCCGACACCUCCCCCGAAGAAGACCUCGCCAUGUGCCUCAUGAUGCUCUCCCGCGACACGUGGCAGGAACACAAACUCGCCAAUGCAGGUCCACCCAAGACUCGCUGCAGCAGCGGAUCAGAGAUCAAGCUCAAGAACAAAGUCCGCUCCAAGCACCUCUGCCACGCUUGUCACAAAUCCUUUCGAUCCUCUCGCGCUCUUGGGAGCCACAGAACCCUGUGCUCUCCCCGUCAGGAAGCCCAAAAUAACAGCAUCAUUAGUAAUAACAACAUUAAGGUUUUUGAAUGCCCCUUCUGUUACAAGCUGUUUGGUUCUGGCCAAGCGCUCGGUGGACACAAGAGAUCUCACCUAAUUCCUUCUUCCUCUUCAACCGUUAAUCAUUCUGUCAAGUUGAAACAGAGCUUCAUAGAUCUCAACUUGCCUGCUCCGGCCGAAGACGACGAUCUUAGCGUUGUUUCUGAUGCCUAAUUCGAUCUGGCAUAUGUUUUAAUUGUUUAAUGUUUAGUUGUCUGGUGGUGUUACUCAUAAAGUGAAUUUUUCUUCUUCUUCUUCUUCUUCUUUAUAAAAGUAGCUGAGAAUAUUUCAUUAUGUUUAUUGACAGAUCAAAAGCUUUUGAUUCUACAAUGGUAGCUGAAUAUAACUAUAAGUUAUGUUUUGUUUCAA